CCAUUACAGACCUGCGUUGUUUACCUAAACUUUCAGUCGAGACACAGUGGCUGCUUAAACGUUUCAACUUCCGCCUUGAUCUGGAUGCUUCAGAGAAUUUUUCGAACGUUUCUUUCAACUGAAAUCUUUUUCGGGAAAUCUAGAACUACACAGACUAUAAGUAUGAAGUUUUUUGAACAACGUUUAGUGCCUAAAAAUGGUGCGACAAAAAAGUGUAUCACAUCGUUACUUUAGUAAAUUGGGUUUUAUAAACAAAGUAAAGAGUCUGAAAAAAAGAGUCUUGUUAACCCUUCUAUAAACUUUGCUCAAGACACUUUUUAUUAGCUCUUCUAAAUUCGCAGGAAUAUCCACUUUAACGAGGAGUACUUAGAAUUUAUGGCCUUUUUAUGUCACAGCAUUACUGAUCUAAAAAGGUUUUCUGGAAGCUCGAGUCUUUAAUCAGUACUCUUCGUUUUUAUACUCAAAGUAGAGUAAGAAGAGCCGCGUCGAAUGGCGCAAAAACGAACGCUCUAGCUCUUACAGUUUUUGAGAAAAUCUCAAAUUACUGUGUCAAAAAUGCCAUAGCGUUACCCCUUUGGACAAAGCCGAUAAGCAAUUUUUAAUAAUUUUCAUGAAAGUUUUUAACUGGUGCAUGUCUAGUUGUAAUCUUUGCAAUUUUUGAGAGUAGACGAGCAGAAUUUCACAUGGACUUUGAUUAAAUCUUAUUACAGUUUUGUAAUAUUCAAAUCAUUGUAAAUUAUUUUUCAUCUUCUAUUUAUAAUGAUAUCACCACAGUACAACGUUUCUAUUUUUUUAGUCUGGAUCAUCCAUAUUUUGAUGAAAUUGAAGCGUUUGAACCCGAGGAAGAAUUGUUAAAACAUGUUGAACCACAAGUUCCAAAAACUUUAGAUCAAACACCGUAUGUUUUUGUUGACACAAUUCAUGAAUUAAAAAAUAUGCUUGAUCAUAUCGAAAAUCAACAAGAGUUAGCCAUUGAUUUAGAACAUCAUUCAUAUCGAUCGUAUCAAGGAUUUACGUGUUUACUACAAAUUUCGUCCAGAACAAAUGACUAUAUUGUCGAUACUCUAGCGUUGCGAGACGAACUUCAUAUUCUAAACAAUGUUUUUACAAAUCCAAAAGUUACCAAAGUAUUCCAUGGUGCCGACUCCGAUGUUGAAUGGUUACAGAAAGAUUUUGGAUUAUAUGUUGUCAAUAUGUUCGAUACUUAUCAUGCUGCAAAAGAACUUAAUUUACCAGCAAUGUCAUUAGCCUAUUUAAUGAAACAAUAUGCGGAUAUUGAAGCUAAUAAACAGUAUCAGUUGGCUGAUUGGAGAAUUAGGUAA